CAUCUCGCGCCUGAUGGCCACGUAACGCCUGAUGGCCACCUAACGCCGGAUGGCCACCUAACGCCGGAUGGCCACCUAACGCCUGAUGGCCACCUAACGCCGGAUGGCCACCUAACGCCGGAUGGCCACCUAACGCCGGAUGGCCACCUAACGCCGGAUGGCCACCUAACGCCGGAUGGCCACCUAACGCCGGAUGGCCACCUAACGCCGGAUGGCCACCUAACGCCGGAUGGCCACCUAACGCCGGAUGGCCACCUAACGCCGGAUGGCCCAUGCUCUCAAGCCCGUCCCCCUCGCUAUCACCAUCAUCGCCAUCUCGCGCCUGAUGGCCACGUAACGCCUGAUGGCCACCUAACGCCGGAUGGCCACCUAACGCCGGAUGGCCACCUAACGCCUGAUGGCCACCUAACGCCGGAUGGCCACCUAACGCCGGAUGGCCACCUAACGCCGGAUGGCCACCUAACGCCGGAUGGCCACCUAACGCCGGAUGGCCACCUAACGCCGGAUGGCCACCUAACGCCGGAUGGCCACCUAACGCCGGAUGGCCACCUAACGCCGGAUGGCCACCUAACGCCGGAUGGCCACCUAACGCCGGAUGGCCACCUAACGCCGGAUGGCCACCUAACGCCGGAUGGCCACCUAACGCCGGAUGGCCACCUAACGCCGGAUGGCCACGUAACGCCUGAUGGCCACGUAACGCCGGAUGGCCACGUAACGCCUGAUGGCCACGUAACGCCUGAUGGCCACGUAACGCCUGAUGGCCACGUAACGCCUGAUGGCCACAUAACGCUCCUCAUGCUAUCAUUCCCUUCACCAUCACCAUCGCAUGUUCAGCCGCAGGACAAUCCUCCUCCUCAGGCAAAUCUUCAGCAAUCAAAACCCAAAGUGAACCCACCUAGGUAG